AUGGAGUGGGAAGAAGCAGUCAGAAGAAUCACUGAAAAAGCAAACGAGAUAGAAAGCGCUCUAUCGCACAGCACCCGGGUGGAAACACUGGACGGACUGCUCUCAGACCUUCAUAGAGAAAUGCAAAUGUACAAAGCCACAAUCCUCAGAGCAGCAAACGGAGCCAGCGUCUUCGCACAGCUUGAAACCAGAAUGCGCGCUCUGAACAGAAGAGUAAACAUCAUAAAAAUGUCGUACGAGUCAGAAGAUGCAAAAACAAAACUCAGAGAGCACAGACAGGACUGCCAUCUCACACGAAACACAGAGAAGCUCAACCAGUACAUCAAAAUAGCAUCGCACUCAAUCAGCUCGAUAGAGAAGCAAAGAAACAUUCUGAAAGGAAGCAGACAGAAGCUGGAAGAUGGGCUGGAAUACCUUGGGCUCUCUGACCGCGUGAUAGAUCAAAUAUCGAACAGAUACCUCACAGACUACCGCAUAUUCAAGGCGCUCACUGCUAUCUUUAUUCUGCUCUUCAUAUAUAUUUUUAUUCUCCGCAGAUAG